GCUUCCAGGGUCUGGAGACGGCGCGCGCAUGGCCGGAGACGACGCGUCGACGGGGGCGGAGGUGGACGCGGGGGGCUUCGAGUUCGCCUUCGACAACGAGGCCUUCUCCGACAGGGUGCUGCGUAUAGAGAUCGUCCGCAGCCACGACGCGGCCGCCUCCGGCUCCGGCGCCAGCCGCAAGCGCCGCCGCGAGGACGCCCAAGGCGAUGGUGGAGAAGAUAUUGAUGACUCCUCUUGUACACUUAUGGCACUGAUGGGUACACCAGUUUUACGAGUCAAUACCAUACACAUUAGUUCGGCGAUUCUUGCUGCACAAAAUCCUUUUUUUCUCAAGCUUUUCUCAAAUGGCAUGAAAGAGUCUGACCAGAGACAUGCAACAGUUACAAUUGUUGAUUCAGAGGAAAAGGCCUUCAUUGAGCUUUUACGCUUCAUGUAUUGUGGAAAGUUGACACCAACAACCGAGCCCACUCUUCUGGUCGAUAUUUUGAUGGCUGCUGAUAAAUUUGAGGUUGUAUCUUGCAUGAAGCUCUGCGGUCAGCGGCUCAUAGACCAGCCUAUGACGCCAGAAUCGGCAGUGAGGUGCCUAGAUCUCCCACGUUCCAUCUCAAUGGCAUCUGCCGUCAAAGAGGCAGCCAAGACAUUCCUUGCUGAAAGGUACAAGGAAUUCCUGUCGACAAAGUUCCAAGAUGAACUGAUGAGGGUCCCUCUCGCUGGGAUUCUGGCCAUCUUAUCAAGGAAUCGCCUCGGGAUGGAAUCUGAAGGACCCAUCUACGAUUUCCUGCUCAGGUGGGCCUGUUUGCAGUACCCAAAUUCAGAAGAGAGACACCAGAUCUUGAGUUCGCGGUUACUUCCACUGGUGCCACGAGCUCUCAGCAUGACCGAUGCCGUACUAAUUGAUCACCCGUCUUGUAUAAUCAACUUCACCAUAAAGCGCGAGAAGUGCUUGGGGCUCUUCGUGUCAGGAGUUCUGCGUUCGCAGCCGUUCCAUUGCGCGGGGCGUGGCUUCCUCCUCCUGGCAGACCGCAGGAUGAUAGAGCAAGUACCAUAUUUUGGCAUCUCAAUAAAGAUGCUAGAAGAAGACAAGGAGGCAGUAAGCGGGGCAAUAGAUUAUAUCAUCGGGUUUAAGACCAGACCGUCACUCAAGUUCAUCACCAAGCACUGUCGCGCCACCACCAGCAAUAUUAGGCGAGGUGUUGGAUGCAUGAUUCCUUGGUCGAAGUUCAUUGCUGACGACAGCCACUUCAUUGACGGCAAAGUCCAUCUGCGGGUUCAGGUGAAGGUAACGCCGCAGCCAUAGUGAAGAUGCGCGCAUUAGCCAUGAGCUUUAUGUGCCUUGCUCAAGCCCCUCUUUGUUUUUGUGAGCGAGGAGAGAAGCCCUUGUUAUUGUGAAACAUGAAGAAACCUGAACUGGGGUGUUCCAGUAUUUUGCUAGCAUUUGUUCUCUCUUUGGUAACUGGAUUCUACCAUGCAAACAUCUAGAAUUUGUUGCUACCAUCUCACGUACCAGAUGCUAAACUUUGAAGUGUGCGCAUGUGUUUUGCACUUUUGCUAUGCAGAGUGCACCGCCAAUGAUUCUGUGGAUUGUAAUCCUCAGUGAAUAUUAUGUGAUCAUCUGUUGAUGAUGACUAUCUCUGUACAUUUUAGUAUUA